AAGUUUCAAGGAAUUUCGUUUAAUGAAAGUAUGCGCGCUCCCGCCAAAGCGCAGCAUCAGCACCAUAAUCUCGCUCGCGCGCGCUCCCGUCUCUAGCGAGCGAGUCUAUCGCCAUCCCGGCCGAGAGAGUUAAAGUUGGCCGAAAGGACGGAUAAACGAUGCCAAGAAAAGGAUAACAUUUGAUUUAUUCAUCUAACAGCGGCUCUAUCUCGCGGAGAGGAUGGAUAUCAAAAUUCUUGCCCCAAGCUUUUUACUCUUUCUCGCGUUUAGGCAUUGCUCGUCACGGCCGUGCUUAGAUCCGCUGAUCUCUCCUCUCUACGCGUCCUCUUUCCAUGCUUCCUCCAGAUAUAACUUUUUUUACUCUGCACACUUCGCCAAACUGUACGGGAGUAGCGGCUGGUCUCCAUCCCCUUGGGACAGGCAGCCAUGGAUGCAGAUUGACUUGGGGAGAAAGUAUCGUAUCAUGGCCAUUGCUACUCAGGGUACCUUCAACUCUUAUGACUGGGUCACCAAAUACAUGGUGCUGUAUGGGGACCGAUUCGACGCAUGGACUCCAUAUGUCAUGAGAGGAGGCAACAUGACGUUGCCUGGCAACUGGAAUUACUACCAGGUGAAGAGGAACGUCUUUCAUUAUGCGUUCACUGCCAAACAUCUGCGCAUUUAUCCCAUGGGCUGGAAUACUGAGAACGGAGGCAAGAUCGGCCUUCGGGUAGAGCUGUACGGCUGUCCUUACGACUCAUAUGUGAUGCAGUUUGAGGGGGAUGACAUGGUGGCGUAUUCAUUCCCACGGGGCAGGAUGAGGACACUUCAGGACUCAUAUGCUUUAAACUUUAAGACCUUGGAGAAGGAUGGUGUUCUCCUGCACAGUGAGGGUCUGCAGGGAGACUCCAUCACUCUGGAGCUGAAGACUGGACGCCUCUACUUACAGAUCAGCCUGGGGAGUAGCACAGUCCAUAACACGGAUGGGAUGACUACGAUGAUGCUGGGAAACCUGCUUGAUACUCAGCACUGGCACUACGUCACAAUCAAGCGCUACGGACGAGAGGUUAAUUUCACCCUGGACAGCCAGACAGAGACUGCUAUCCUCAACGGAGAGUUCCAGUACCUUGAUCUGGACAAGCAGAUUUAUAUUGGAGGUGUGAUUGAGAAAGACGUGCCCCAUCUGCCCGGUAAGGUUAACUUUCGUGGCUGCAUGGAGAACGUCUUUAUCAAUGGAAUCAAUAUCAUCUACAGGACACAGUACCAGGAGCCUGAAAUUCGACUAGCUCCUAAAAAGAAAAAGAUGCAUUAUACUUGCCGUGAUCUCCUCUGGAAGCCUAUGACCUUUGCAGGGCCCAACAACUACCUACAGCUGCCCGGCUUCUUCCGGAAGAACCGUCUGGCGGUGAAGUUUAAGUUUCGCUCAUGGGACUACACAGGGUUACUGAUGUUCACCAGGUUUGCAGAUGAGUUGGGCUCUCUGGAGCUGGGCCUCAGUGAAGGACAAGUCAACGUCACUCUAAUGCAGCCUGGAAACAAGAGAUUACGCUUCGCUGCAGGGUACCGUCUCAAUGACGGCUUCUGGCACACGGUAGACCUGACCGCCAAAGACAACUUAUUAACUAUCACUAUAGAUGAAGAUGAGAGCUCACCACUGAAGAUCACCAACCCCUUCACGGUUCGUACAGGAGACCGCUACUUCUUCGGGGGUUGUCCUAAGACCAAUAACACGGCUCGCUGUGUGACCAAGCUGUCUCGCUUCCAUGGCUGCAUGCAGCAGAUCUUUAUAGAUGAUGAGCCGGUGGAUAUAGACGUCAUGCUGCAGAGGAAAUGGGGCAGAUAUGCCGAAAUUCUGCUGGGCACCUGUGGAAUCACUGAUAGGUGCUCUCCAAACCCUUGUGAACAUGAAGGCAGGUGUAUUCAGUCCUGGAAUGACUUCCUGUGUGUGUGUAACAACACAGGCUACAAGGGGGAAGUUUGUCAUAACUCGGUCUACAGGGAGUCAUGUGAGGCCUACCGACUGAAUGGGAAGUACUGGUCAGGCAACUACACCAUAGAUCCAGAUCUGAGCGGACCACUGAAGCCUUUCUCAGUCUACUGCAAUAUGUUGCAAAAAUCAUGGACCGUCAUUGAGCACAAUCGCAUGAAAAGCACCAAAGUGAGUGGCUCCACCAUGGAUCGACCGUAUAUUGGGGACCUCCAGUAUGUAAAUGCAUCGUGGGAUGAAGUCACUGCCCUAGCAAACACUUCCUUAUACUGCGAGCAAUGGAUCGAGUUCUCAUGCUACAAGUCACGCCUCCUCAAUACUCCACAUGGACGGCCUUACACUUACUGGAUUGGUCAGCAUAAUGAAAGUCAUGAAUACUGGGGAGGAGCUUUCCCUGAAAGUGGGAAAUGUGGAUGUGCUGUCAAUCAAACUUGUACCGACUCCAAGUACUGGUGCAACUGUGACGCAGACUACCGCCAAUGGUACUCAGAUAAAGGCUACCUGUCGUUCCGAGACCACCUGCCCGUCAGUAGGAUUGUGAUAGGAGACACGAACCGCACCGGUUCAGAAGCACGCUAUAGUGUUGGAGCACUGUACUGCCAUGGAGACAGGAGUAUCUGGAACACCAUAGCGUUUACUAAGGCCACCUAUCUGACGUUCCCCACCUUCAAGCCUGGCACCAGUGCCGACAUCACGUUCCACUUCAGGACCUACCGAACUAACGGAGUGUUUGUGGAAAGCUCUGAUGACCACCUGCGUAAUUUCUUACGAAUUGAACUCAAUUCUACAACUGAGGUGGUAUUCAUUUUCAUGGUGGGUGAUGGGAUUAGAAAUGUGACUCUGCGCUCUCCUAAACCUCUCAACGAUAAUGAAUGGCACUAUGUAGAAGCUGAAAUCAAUGUGAAAUUGGCACGUCUCAAGGUUGAUUUCCUGCCUCCGGCCAUUCAUAAGUUUCCGGGCCAAACCUACAUCACUAUGAAGUUCACACAACCCCUGCUCGUAGGGGCAGCCAAUCACACCCUAAGGCCUUUUCUGGGCUGUCUGCGUGGGCUGAGGAUGAACGGGGUGCCUGUGGAUUUGGAGGGUAAGGUUGACGAGAGAGCUGGCAUACGUAGGAACUGCACCGGAGCGUGUCUGAAUGCCUCCAUACCGUGUCGAAACGGAGGCCAGUGCAUUGAUGGCUAUGUUUCAUACAUCUGUGACUGCAAUAACACAGCCUUUGAUGGCUUUUACUGUCAUUUAGAUAUUGGGGCAUUCUUUGAUGUGGGAGCCUGGUUGCGUUAUGAUAUCCGCAAAGAGCCGAUUUCCUUUGAUGCAUGGUGGGCAAACUUAUGGAUAGAGCCUCACUGGCACAACUUUACCCUCGGCUACAACACGACAACUGAUGACAUAGAGUUCAGCUUCAGCACUCUACAGGCCCCAGCUGUGCUGCUGUAUAUCAGCUCCUUCAGCAAUGAUUACAUCGCCGUCCUGCUCAAGAAAGAUGGGACUCUUUCGUUGAGAUACCGGCUCGGGAUAAUAAGCUACAAAUUUAAGCUGACUGACAGAAACAUGGCAGAUGGCUUCCCUCAUUUCGUCAACAUCACCCGACACAACUACACCAUAUGGACACAGGUGGAUUACAUGGAUCCAUGGAUUGAGAAGUUAAUACCAGGAGAGAUUCCCAGAUUUGACUCACCGAAGUCUAUAUUCUUGGGUAGAGUCAUGGAAGUGGGAGGUGUCGACUACGAAAUUCAGAGACACAACAGUCCAGGCUUUAUGGGCUGUAUAUCAGGUGUCCGCUAUAAUAUUUUUGCCCCACUGAAGGCCUACUUCCGACCUAAUGUAACCAAUCCACCAGUGACGACUCAAGGCUAUGUGGUGGAGUCUAACUGUGGAGCGUUUCCCCCCGUCUUAGGAUAUGUCCCUUGGGAGGAUGACCCCUGGUUCACUGGCCUGUUCUUUGAUUACAUUCAUGAUGAUGUUACCCCACCUUGGAUGACACUAAUCGUGACAGUGUCUCUGAUGCUGCUCUUCCUGAUCCUGUACAGCCUCUACAUUUACCUGUACAGGUACAAAGGCAGUUACCACACUAACGAACCGAAGCAGCUGGAGUCCCCCAGCUCUGCUCGGCCCCUCACUGAUACUCUGCGCAAGGAUAGAAAGAACCUGCCGGAAAUAGAGGAGGAAAGUCCCAAUGAAUAACAGGGAGGUAAAUGGUGAAGACUGAGAAAUGGGUUGCAAAUGUAAUUUUUUUUUUAAUGUAUUUUUUGCCUUUGUGGUGAUAUUACUAUAUUUAUUUUUCUGUCCCAUUAUUUGUAUUGUAUUCGGUGCUUUUGGUAGAGCUCAAAAUAAGCAGGCUAGAGACAAUUUACCAUUCAAUCAAUGAGCACGAGCAGUGCAGGCCGACUGAAGUGCCUCAGCAACAUUACAGGAAACUUUAAAAGACCGAUCCAGGGUUCCCACAGUCAUAAAGAUCUGGAAAUAUCAGGGAAUUUUACAACUGGGAUUUCCAGGCCUAGAAAAAUACAGUAGAUUCAGGAAAUGAUUACAAUCAUGGAAAAGUCAUGAAUAGUUGUGCUGUAAAUAUAUAUAGUCAUGCCUGUAUCAGUGGUAUUUUAUUGGUUACAAAUUAACUUUUUGUAAAUGUAAUCAAAUUAUUUAAAACAUAUCUUUUUUUUAAAUCACAAUUGGCUGGACAACUGCAAAAACAGACAUUUCUGUAGUCAAAAUAAAUAUUUCUACUUAUGACUUAUCUAGUUAUGUAAUAAAAAUCUAAAAAACAUAAAUUGAUGGAAAAUUUUUAAAUGAACUGGUCUAAGGUUGUGGGAACCCUGUAUAUACUAAGUGAAAAUUUUGCCUCAUUAUUGUGUACUGGCAGAAGUAGUGUAGAUUUAAGUGAGUUCGAUAGCCAUGUCGUUGUGCUCAUGAGAGAAUCUGUACAAAAGCAUUGUAGAGAUGUUUACACAUCUGUUUUAACCACUUAAACUUCAUUAACGAAUGGAGGAUUUAGAAUUUGCUCAGACAUAGCUAAUGGUAUAUAUGUGCUAUACAGUGCUUAUAAGAGAUGAAGAGGUAAAUGGCAUUGAAUGGCUUCAGCUUCUUUAGAGCACUAUGACUUUAAUGUGCUGAAUAAUAACCUGUCUAUUCUGUGGCAUAUCAAAAUCUGCAGAAAGGCGUUUUUGUGAUAGUAGCCAUAUCAAAUGCUGAUUGUGAACAGCAUUAUGAAGUUUAAUAUUCAGAAACAUUUUUGUGACAAUGACACACAAUAGGCCUCAUGAAACAAGCUGAAGAUAUCGGAACCAUGAAAGUGUUUUGAGCCCAACGAGUACUGAAACAGGGAGUGUACUGUAUGUCUCAGGGUUGGUAACAGUGGUCAUGACCCAUGUUCUUCUCACUGCUGCUACAGCAACACACACACACCAGCCUUUUCAAGCCAUCCUCAAGACAUUUUGACUCUGAAAUAAAAUUUCAAUUCAUAUUUCAGAGACCUAAGAGUACAUGAAUGCAGGCAGGUAAAACUGUACUGUGUCUGAUUAUAAUGAUGCCACAGAGCAGUGAUUGGAUUUGAAGCUCUUUUCCUCCUUGUGCCCUUUUCUGUCUUUCCAAGAGAGUUCAAAAUUAUAUCGUUGCUUAUAAUAGAGUACAAUGAUGUCAUUUCCAUAACAUACUCAUGUCACGUGAUUGAUGAAAAAGCAUUUUAGACCAGCGAUUCUGAACCAGGAAUAUUUUUGACUUUACUGUUAAAUAUAUGAAACAGAAAAGAAUGAUAGAUUAAAAAAAAAAAUGUUGAAAUUAAUAUAAUUAUUAUUUUAAAAAAAUAAUAGAAAAAUCAGUUUAAUGAAGAAAAAAACAUAUUUUGUAAUGUGUGUAAGUUUUACAUUUGUGUGUUCUGUUUUUCCAUCCAUAAUUCUGCAACUAUGAAGGGGUACACUUUGGAACACUUUUUUAGACUUUUUAUAGUGUGGAACCUCUGAAGGCUGAAUGUGUUCACUUGUAGUUGUGGAAUCUACAUAUUGAUCAGAAAAAGACAAACAAACCAUGUUAGCUAUGGAUCAACAGUAACUGAGUGACAGAAAUACUCAAAAUAGCACCUCUAGAAUACAGAGCAACGGCAGACUUAACGUGUUAUGGUAGGUCUGUUACAGAUCUAAUAUCAUAAAUUACAAUCAGUUUGUUAAAGGGAUACUCCACCCUAAAAUGAAAAUUUUGUCAUGUUGUUCCAAACCUGUAAAAGCUCUGUUCGUCUUCAGAACACAAUUUAAGAUAUUUUGGAUGAAAACCUGGAGGCUUGAGACUGUCCCAUAGACUGGCUAGUAAAAAAUAGUGUCAAGGUCCAUAAAAGGUAUGAAACAAAAAUAACAACUUUAUUCAGUUAUUCCUUUGUCAACGGUCUCCUCCCUGUGACUCCUUAUCACUGUACAGUGUAUGCUCAUCUGUGUCCUCUGCGACACAAGGAUGGAUGCUGCGCUGUUUUCUUUCAAAUCAAAGCUAAAUACACGUAGAAACAGCGCAUCCUUGUGGUGCGGAGGACACAAAAGAGCACACACAGCAUGUUGAUAUGAAGUGACCCUUUAAGGGUAAUUUAAGAUGAGAUUUUCAUCAUAAUAGAAAUAGUCAGAAAUAAUCAUGAAGCAGCCAAUAUUUUUACAUGAGGUCACAUAUGAAAGCUUUCUUAGCACUGAGCAGAUCAGCACAAGUCUGAUUAUUGUGGUCAAGAGGCUUUCACACAUAACAGAUGGUAUCAUGGUUUUAUUACAUUCAUGCGUUUGCUGUAGGACACCAUUAUUGCUGCUGCUGCUUCUUACCAAGAGCUUAGAGCACUUCCAUCAUCUUUCCAGAUGUAAAAUGAGCUAUAUAAUAAAAAGAGCAAAUAAGGUGUAUUAUCUUUUGAAGCUAUGCAUUUUGCAAGAUUUUUCAUCAAAAUGCAAUAAAAAAAAAGAAGAAUCCACUGCUUCCAGUGCCAGGCACAUGUUUCUUUAACAGAGGCAUAAGAGUUUUAUUAAAAAGAUCACAUAAUAUUCAUGCACAGAUUAUGCUGUUUAUGUAUAUUUGUAAGUCCAGCUCUAACCUCUUGACCUCUGUCAGGUUUUGUCUUGUUUAUUCUUUUUUUUUAUGUAUUCCUCAUUCUUUAACUUCUUCCCUUCUAUUGUCCUCUAUAAAGCAGUGGAAUACAAGCUAUCCAUUCAUAUUUACUUUGAAAAGUCUUGAAUGCAGAAUGAAAUGCUACUGUAUAGAAAUAUUAAAUUGAACAGGGACAAACACCUCUCAGUCUCUUCAUACUUGACAUUUUCUUUAAAAACCAAAGUUUGGGAGUUGAUGAUCCUCAGACAAAAGUAAAUGUAACCCACAGUCUGUUUUAGAUGAAUGUUAAUGUGAAAUGAGAAGCGAGCAGAUUGUGUAAAUGGUGUUGAGGGCUGGUUAUUCAGCACUAGCUUGUGUCAUGUGUGUUUGUAUAAUGACGUAUUGUGUUUCAAUACUGCAGCUAAUUAGAGCGUUACCUCACUGACAUACAUAAGACUGAAUGUUUGAAGAAAACAUCACUUAUUGGCACCUGGACGUCCAUUUGAUUCAUUUGAAGAAUUUUUUUUUUUUUUUUAAUUGAAUGCAUUUUUGAUAUAAACGCAUUGAUUCACUGUGAAUCUUUUCCAAAUGCACCACAUAUUUAACAGUUCUGUUUGAACAAAUCUGAAAUCUUUUAGGCCCUUUAUCUUGUGGAUAAACAUUAAGAUCUCCAAUGAAAUAGAAUACCUUUUAAAGGUAUGGGGUCAGUAAGAUUUUAUUCAAGGGUAUGUUGAUUAAAAGUGAAAGUAAAGUAAGAUUUCCAAAGGAUACACACACACACACACACACACAAUAACAGAUACUUUAGGUACUAACAUGAUAAGCACUAAGACAACAUCAAAUGUAUCUUUAAGGUACUGAUAUAUAAUAAUACUAAUUUAAAGGUACAAUAAAAAAUCUACCUUUUA